UAGCGGAAGUCCCCACUGCGCAUGGUUGGAAAAUACGGAAGUGUCUGACCACGCUGUUGUGUUUUGAUUUUGAUCGUCGCUAUUUUACAGGAGUCUGUCGAGUUGACGUCAAAAGUGUUUGUGAACUGUGUAAUUAUGGGAAGAAUAGGGAAACCACAGAAAAGUAGGAAGCACAAGAAAGUAAAACCACUAGAUCCAAUAAAACAAGUGGAAAGUGAAGCACGUAAAGGUCAGCUCAACCUGAAACCUAGAAAUGUGGACCAGGAAAUCCCCAAGAAGGCUAUUUUGUUGGGAGCCUCCAUAAAACGUCACGCCGCGCAGCAGCAUGGAGGCGUCAACAAGAAGAGGAAGAAGGGCAAGUUUUCCAUCAGUGACCCAGAAACCAGAAAUGUAAUGACAGUAAAGAAAGGUCAGUCCAGUGCAGCACAAAGACAAGGUGAUGUCAACCAUUCAACCAUGAGAACACUAGAUGAUGAGGACAUUAUAGACAAGUUUAUGUUUCACAGAAGCGGAGACAUAAAUCCUACGACAACAAAAAGAGCAGAAAAAGUGAAAAUGCGAUCAAAAGAGCAUAAGCAGAAACAUAAAGAGAAGAAGAAAGAAAAAGAUAGAGAAAAAGAACGAGACUUCAGCCAGUUCAAAGAUGAGGUACAAUUCGGGGAAAUAGUCCAUGCUCCCCCAACUCUGUCUGUCCUCCCACGCAAAGCACACACAGAACAAGGAGUUCCUCGGCCAGGUAAGAAGUCCCUGUUGUUGAAAGACAUCAUCACAAGCAACUCCAGCCACAGUCAGCAGACGCCCUCGGGUGGUAAGGGGGGGCGGCGUGAGCUGGGGCAGACGGUCAAGAGGAAAACCCUGUCCAUGGCACAGCAACACAUCAUGGACUUCGAGAGGGAGAAGGCUGUGCAGCUCUACAGGGAGUUGAAAAAUAAAAAGAUGAACAGAUUUAGCUGAAACUGAAGGCUUUGUCAUGUGUUGAGAUGGGGACUUGUUUCUGUCCCCGAGUGGGUAUGGUUUUACCCCGCUUCUAGCAAUAUUCCAGCAAUAACAUGGUGGGAGGUGGGGUGGGGCUGGUGCACCCGGAAAUGGGUUUUACACAUUGUAACCAUGUUGUGAUUCAAACCCAGGUCUUUGGCAUCACAAGCAAACACACUAAAGUUGGGGCUGUUAGGUGAUCUUGUAAAAUCUGAAGUUUCUGAUUGAUAAUGUGCAGGGUGUUUGUAUGUUGACCUGCACAUGAACAUUGGCCCAUUGUUUUUGAAAGAGCAAACCCAUUUUCACUGUUUUCAGGAGGUGUCCUGUUACUAUUGACAUUGUGAAAUAAAUACAACUGUGAUUACAGAAUUCUGUUCACUGUUGCAACACAAAAUUGUUGAACAGGUGACUGGCACAUUGGAAAUUACAACCAAUGGACCUGUUUUCCAUCUUUUUCGUCCUGUUCUUUUUUCCACGUGUCAGUAUUUUUUAGGAGUGACAAAUGUUCAGUACUGCUUUUGGCAUGAAGACUUUCAUGGAUAAUAACUUCUUCCUUGUUUCUAACAAUGUUUCAAGACUACUUCUUGACACUAUAUUCAUCCACCUGAAGUUUCAUGUAUUUAUGAUCUACCAAUGUGUCAAUGUCCAAGACUUUAUUUAUUAUUAAAAGUACAGUGAGCUUA